AUGCGUAAUAAUAAAUUCAAUUAUCAAUAUACCUGUUCAAUGUUACAAUUAAAUCAGUGUAAAUCAAAUUUAUCUGUGAUUCAUUAUUGUAAAAUGGGAUUUAUUUAUUUACUUUUAUUAUCAUUACUAUUAUCCAUUGAAACAUCAUCAAUACUGAUUAAUGGACAAUCUAUAAAUAGUUUAUCAAAUUCUCCAUCAGACAGUCUACAACCACGUAGUCCAAUUCGUAUGGGUUAUUUAAUACGUGUUGGUCAAAGUCUUAAUCUCACUUGUCCCGGGGAUGCUGUCUUCUAUCAAUGGAAUACACUGGAUCAACCAGCUCAUAUACUAUCUGAAGAACAAUUCUAUAUCAUUAAAUCGGCUACACUGAAAGAUUCUAAUCGUUAUGUUUGUCAUGCUGUACAUGGUUAUGGUCGAAGUUCUGUUGAAAUGUCUGUUCGUGUUAUAGAUUUCUCUUCAAUCACUGCACAGCAUGAAUGUGCAUUAGACAGUAAAACUGGCGGUGUCAAUACAAAUGGUCCAUGUUUCCUGUCCAGUUUAAAUGAACGCGAUCUAACACCGACAAAAUCAUGGGGUGAUCAUAUCACAUUCGAUUGUGAUGCUGUUAUGGCUGGAACUGAUGGUUCACUAGAUAAUUUAAUUUAUAAUUGGGAGUUUAUUAGCAAUAAUAUUAUUAAUAGUAACAAUAAUAAUAACAACAAUUUACGAUCUAGUGGUCAGAGCAGUAGUAGCCUCGGUGGUAUUAGUGUUGACGGAUCAGAUUCCACAGGUAUUUUGCACAGACAACGUCUUCUCAUCCGAACACCAUCGAUUGCUUCAUCAAGUAUUUCAACUAACAAUAACAAUAAUAAUAAACUAGAUCUUAGUCAAUUUCAUGAAUCACAAUUAAGAAUCGAUAAGUUAACAUUAGAUCAUAAUGGAGAAUAUCGAUGUGCUGUAAAGACAAUUACACCAAUGAGUACAAAUCAACUUUCAUCACCAAUGGUGAUUACAAGAAGUUUUCGUCUAACUGUUAAAUCUCGAGCUGAUGGACCAAUUAUUCAAGGACCACGUAUCACAAAUGAAACUGUAGAAGCUGGUCAAGAUGCUGUUUUCCAUUGUCAAGUCAAUCCUGAAGAGCAUCGAUCAAGUACUAUUCGAUGGGGUAAAAGUAUCGACAUUAAUGAACGUUUAGCCUAUGAAGCCGAAGGUAGAGAAGUGAUCCAAUGGGCUGGUGGAACAUUUGUUGUCCUACCGAGUAUACCAACAUCUGCAUUAGCUUUGAGUAAAGAUUCCUCCUCCUCCUCCUCAUCAUCAUCAUCCUCUUCAUCGAGACUGUCAGCAGCAGUGUCUUCAUCUGGUGCUGUAGCCACGGAAGUCUCCUCCACACAAAGUAGUCAACUGGUGUUAAGACAAGUUAGUCAAGCCGAUUCUGGACGAUAUGUGUGCUCUGUACUCACUGAAGCUGGACGAGAUGAUCAUAAAUUUGUGCAUAUAUCUGUAAUUGGUGGUUCUUCUGUUCAAGGUCAUAAAUUGACAGGUGGCAGUGGAACACAUCGAUUAACUUUAUAUAUCGCUAUUCCAACAACAAUAUUUUUUAUAUGUUUAUGUGUUGUAACCUAUUGUUUAAUCAGUCGACGUACAGCACAUAAUCGACGUGCAUCAAAUGUUCGUCAUCAACGAAAUUAUUUUAGUGCAGUACAACAAUCACAGAUUAAAUCGUCAUCUGCAGCUAGUAGCACAUCGAUAGGCGUAUGUCGUAAUGGAAUGAAUGGUCAUGGUGGUGGUGGUGGUGGUGGUGCUGGAAUGAAUACAAGCAGUGGUGAUAGUCGUUUAAGACCAUCACCAGCUGGUACAACAGCCCUAGGGACAACUUCAUUAGGUUAUUCAUCUGUAAAUGGAUGUUCAAAUUCAAUGAAUACGGGUAAUGGGCCAAUGGGUCCCCAAAUGUCAACUCCAAAUUAUCUACACAAUCCUACUGGGCUACAAAUGGUACAAGGAAGUGGUUAUCCGGUACUAAUUCAAUCACAACAACCAGUAACACAAUUUUAUUCUGUACCAGAUUCUUAUGGUCAAAAUGUAUCUCCAAUUACAAAUAUAGCUAAUAAUAACAAUGCUGGUUUAAUGUACCCUAUGGCAAAUGGUCAUGUUAUCAAUCAAACUGUUUCAAAUCUUCCGCCAAAUUCAAUAUUCAAUUCAUCUCCAGAAUCAUCUGCUGCUGGAAUAAACAACACCCACACCAAUAAUAAUACUAAUAACAAUGGGAACAUUGAACCAGUGGAAGGUCGAUUAAUGUUUCGACCUCAACCACAAUUAGCAAAUACGAAUACAGGGAAUACACUACGUGGUUAUGGUUAUAUGCCUCCACCAUCUGGUCAAUCAUAUAUCUCUUCGUCUGGAAUUAAUACAUCAGAUUAUGAAAUGACAAUUACAAAUACACCAGCAUCAUUAAUGUCUUACCCAAAUCAUGGUAAUGCAUAA